GGGGCAUUUGGGGGACCCGUUUAUGUAGUGUCGGCUAUGGUGAGAGAAUAUUAGAUGGAUCGACAUGGAGUAUGUGUUGUUUGGUGGGUAAACGUUUGGAGCUUGUUGUUUGGGUCGUGUUGUGGAUCGUGCGUGGGCGUGGUUUUGGAGAUUGAGGAUCAUGCGUCUCCAUAGUUUGUGUUGGUCGACGAGCGAUGGGCUUCCCGUUUGCGGAUAGCAAUUUGAGAAUUUUGGAGUAGAGAAAUUGAAAUUUGAAUAGAGAAACUGAAAUGUAUCACAUGAUUUGUUGUCACCUAAUUGUUGUCACGUGAUUAUGGUAUCGAAUGUUGUGGAUGCUUGCUAAAUCAACUAAACAUGUGCUGGUAGUGAGUGUAUCAUACAGUAAAUGUGAGAGAUUUCAACCUCCUGGAUCAGACACCGAUUGUUUGCAUUUCUUUCAUUGUGAGAUAAUUAGUAUGUAGUAACAUGCACAGACCAUAUGAAGAACUCAAUUCGGUGUUUUAUUGUGGGUGUGUGUUGGAGUGAUGUGUGGGAGUAUUAUGUGUGAGUAUUAUAUUGCAUGUGUGAGAGGUUGCCAUGGUGCUAGAGUAUUGCUUUGUGUUGUGGAGUUGGUUAUUUGCCAUAUUCAAAUGAUAAUUGCAUACCACCUGUUGGAGUCAGGGAUUAUGAGCAUUCUCAUGAACGAGGCCACGGAUGGAACCAGCAGUCACCUGAAACAGGGAUGGAAUAUGGUGACGAUAGUCACUGGUCCGGGUAUAAGGAACAUGGCAGGCACAAGGUCGAUAGAGAACGGCGACAUCGAAAACCGAUUGAGAGUCGUAGUGUCAGCCGAUCACGAAGUAGGAGUCCAAGAGGACGAUCGAUUAGCAGCAGUCGGUCGGGUUCUAGUGAAGCUGUAGGACGGUCAGACGAAAUGAAGUCGGGAACAGAGAAGGAACACAUCGGGAAGACAGAACAGCAAGAGGAGAAAUCUCGACAUGAAAGGAAGGCAGGGAGUAUGAGUCCUAGCGCAUCAAGUCCAUUGCAAGAUCGCCACAUCAAUGCCAUUAUUGUAGAGAACUUGGAUCAACAGUCAUCUGAGCGUGGCAUUACGGAGGGACUCUUUCACGAGUGCAAGAAAUACGGAGAGGUGAUUUCUGUGAGGUUGAUCGUCGACAAAAACGAAAUGAAAGCGGUUGUCAAAUUUCCAAGUUUCGACGAAGCAGCUCAAGCCAAGAAGGAAAUGCAAGGACGGAAGUUCCAUGGCAACAAGCUAGUUGUUGAUAUUUACGAUGGGGAACUGUCAGACGAUAACAAAGGCGAGGCGAUACUUCAAGCUGCAAAAAUGAAGAGAGCAUUUACACCUCCAACAAGAAAUGAGGAAGAGGAAGAGUAUGAUAUGGCAGCGACACGCACUCUUUGGAUUGGCAAUCUCAAUGUUGAAAUUACACAUGCCGAGUUGAGGAAAUUGUGUGAACGAUAUGGGGAAGUUUUGGACAUGGACAUCAAGAAGCAAGGCCAGCCGUUUAUGUAUGCAUUUGUACGUUACCCAGACUUAACAAGUGCUUGCAGAGCCAAACGAAAGCUCGACAACCAUGCACUGUUGAGCACUCGGCUUAAAGUCGGUUUUGGUAAACCUCACUUCUCACCUGCACUAUUUCUCGACAAUAUUGGAUACAAUACGUCUGAGAGGUUUAUAGAAAGGCAGUUCAGUUCAUUUGGGAGGUUAAAGACGGUUGCAAUUAAUCGAGAAACGGAUCAUGCAAUGGUAGUAUUUGAUCAUGUUGAUUCUGCUGUUGAUGCGAAUAAGGCGAUGAGAGGGAGAAAUUUUAGCAGAGGAGGACGAUUGAAGAUUGACUUUGCUUCGCCUGCUAGUCAGCAAGAAUUUUUUGAUGCAAUGGAUGCAUCUCAUCAGGGUGACAACUACCAUCAUAAAGAAGGCGACCACCUUGACAGUCACAGAAGUGAGCGAAGAAGGAAUGAAGGCGUUGAGCAAGAUUUUAGUUCUCAACCAAGAAGACACCACAGACGAGGCGAAGACAAAGAUGCUGCACACGAAUCAGGAGAUGGUGGUGACAGAGGCGAGUCAGAGAGAUCAAGAAGAAGACACGGCAGGGCUGGAGAUGAAGAAUGGAUGAAUGGCACAUCAAAAUCUAGUGGUAAGGAACAGAUGACUAGUUCAUCUAGAGACUUGUUGGUGACUGUAAAAAGCUUCUCCUGCAUCGACCCAGAGCGAUCUGUCAGUCGAAUGAAAGAGAAAGAAGGGCGAGAAGAACCAGAAACGAAGAAGAGGAAGACAAGCUCAAGUGGCCACGACAAGAAGAUCGACAAGCACAGAAGAGAGUCCGAAGGCAGAAAUCGAGAAAAGACAGAAAAGUCAAGCAAGAGCGACUUGACCCGACGAGGCCGUCUGAGAAAAGACAAGAACACAGACAUUGCAGACACAUCGACGACCGAAGACGCGACGAAUGAAAUGUCAGGUGACAUGAACACGCAUUCAGAUACAUCGCAGCAACAAACCGUAGUUCACGGUCAAGGUAUUGCUGUUAAACUAGAAAGUGGUGACGUGUUUCAUCAGACUGGCAUGUCCCAAGUACAACAAUAUAGUGCAGCUGCAGCUGCAGCUGCUGGUUUUCCUGCAUUUCAGUCUCAAUUUGUAUCACAGGCUGCAACACCUGUACAGCCACAGGCGCAACAGACACAGUUUUUUGACCCGUCAUCUGUCUAUCAGACGUCGCUCACACAGAUGAAUGCCAGCACAGCAUUCGUGCAACAGCAGGCUCUCGAUCCAGUACAGAGUCUGCUUCAGCGGUAUCCAGUCGUGUGGCAGGGAUUUUUGGCUCUGAAGGAUCAUCAGAUUGCUGUGCAGAUGCAUCACUUGGCCGGGAAUCGACUUAUGGCUGACAUGUGUCUGCCGCAUGCACCUGUGUCAAUGCCGACUGUCGUGCCGCAGCUGAAGAUUGGGCAGAGGAUGAAGUUGGAACCGGCACAGUUGGAUGUGAUGACGAAACGAAUGCAGUCGGAAACAGAGCAUUGCUUGUUAUUGGCCCUGCCCUGUGGAAGAGACCCUCUCGACGUUCACUACCAGACCAAAGCGAUGGGCAUUAAGUUCAUCAAUUAUCUACAAGAAAAGCAAGCAGCAGGAAUUAUCAACAUCAAACCUGCAACAGCAGGACAGCCUGUCGGUGAGUUUGUAUUGCACAUCUUUCCUCCAUGUGAUUUUUCCCAGACGUAUCUUAACAAGGCAGCGCAGGAGCUGAUGGAGAAUACCUUACAGAAUGGCCAUCUUAUGAUCUUGAUUGCGACGAUGUGAAUUUAUAUUUGCUUCUUAGAACUGGAUUGUUGGCUGUAUGCUUGACGUUGCUCUGUCGUGAAAACGUUGCUUUGUAGUGAAAACGGGGCAUGAGUGUGUGGGAAGGAACGAUUUGGAUUGUAUUGUAUAUUGUUUUGCUGUCCAAGUACAAAAUUUGAUGGUGAAAUAAAACUGCUUGAUGUUUA